UUUAAAACGCAAUUGGGCAAUUCGUCUGGCGUCAAUUUUUAAACGAAAUUCGAAAAAAAUGGAAGAAAACCGAAGUUUGACGGAAAUAAAACAAAUUAUUCGUUCUCUCAUCAUUUCUAAUUCUUUAAAAAUAACUCUUCGGCAAUUGAAGAAGGAUUAUAGGAAUUUGAAUGGAAAAAAUAUACCAUUCGAAGAUUUCGGAUACAAGAAUCUUGUCGAUUUCCUGCAGGCAAUGAGUGACGUGAUCGUCAUGGAUUGGUCGCCUUCCCUCGAUGACUUUCAACUGACGGCUGUUUCUGUCGAAUCAACUAAGCACAUAGAAAACAUGAUUAAGAAGCAAAAGAGAAAAAGAAGCGCCAUCCCUCCUAGUAGAUACGAAUUUACAGAUAAUCGUUUAAUUAGACCGAAAGUCACGAGAUGUUGGAGAAGUCAAAGGUCAAUUCGGAAUAUAUUACGAAAGGAAAUUUCCUGUUUUAUCCCUUUAGAAAUCAAAGAUAAAAUAAAGAAUCUGUUAAGUUCUUUUGAAAAUGGUUUACGUUUAACGAAUUUCCUUGAAGUUUACGAAACAUACUUUCAACAAGAAUUUCCUCUAAAUCGAUUAGGAUUUUAUACGGUGAAGGAUUGUUUGAUGAGUAUUCCACAUAUUGUUAAGUUAGAAGGUGAAGGUGUUAACGAAAUUGUACGAAUUAAUUCGAAUAGUUGCUUUACAAAUAGAAAAUGCAACAAAUAUACAAAUGUUAAAGAAAAUUUAUAUGAUAUUCCAAAAGAUAAAGACGAUAGAAAUAAUAAAAAUAUGGAAGUAGAUGACGGCAAAAGGAUAUCAACGAAAGGUUUUUGUGCCGACGACGAGGGAAAAUUUAUAUAUAAUUCGACAUUUCUUCGAGAAAAUAGAUUUUCUAGUGCAUUUCCAAGCCGUCCGAUUGAAAAGAAUAGUAAUUUAAAAGAUGAUAAAACUGUUUCAAAAGUUUUAAACCAGAACAAAGACAAAAGGAAUAGCAAAGUCUUACAAAACAAUUUGGAAAACAAUAAUUGUGAAGCAUCAAACGAGUUCAAUUCUAAUAAUUCUUCUGGUUCACAUCUUAAGAGUUUACUUCAAAACCAAGUUCUUCAAUUGCUGACUUUUUUAAAAAAAGUUUCUGUGAAAAAUUUUGAAGAAAUGUUUAAAAUCAAGUAUAAAAUGGAGCUUCCGUGGGAUGCUUUAGGUUACGACAAUAUUGAAUCCUGUUUAUUUGAUUUAACAGAUGUUGAAUUUUCAUUCGAAGACUGCACUCUUUUUAUUUCUCUCUAUUUAGAAGAAUGUAAUCUUUACUCAAAAGUUAAUUUACUUUAUAUCAGAAAUUUAAAAAUGGCAAUGAUUAAUACCAUUCCAUCUGAUUCAGUAAUGCCAGGUGAAAUGUAUACUAUGCAAAAACUUCCACAGGUUUUAACACAUUACAUACAGGUUUAUGUAUCGGGUAUUGAAGAUCCUGAUAAAUUUUGGAUUCAAUUAAUAGGAAAAGAAACGACCGAUGCUUUAGAUACACUCACAAAAAAUCUUCAAAUGGUAUAUGAAAGCGAAGAAAGUGAAAAAUAUCAGAUUCCAGAUCAUUUUCUUGAAGUAAACAACGUAUGCGCUGCUCUGUGGCCUUACAAUAAUCGUUGGCAUCGAGGGAUCAUAAUGAAAAUUCUUUCUAAAAAUUAUAUUGAGAUUUUCUAUGCGGAUUAUGGAACUAAACAUACCGUACCAAUACAAUUUCUUAGAAUUUUAAAGAAAGAAUUCUUUACUUUACCAUCUCAGGCAAUUGAGACGAGAUUAUCAAAUGUGCAACCAAUUAAUAAAAUUGAAUGGUGUGAAAGAUCAAAAUUGAGAUUUAUGCAACUGUGUCUUGAUAAAUUAUCACAAGCUUUGGUAACAAAUACUAGUUUCAAGAAUAGAAUAUCUGUUUAUUUACGAGUCGUUUCAGAUGAUGAUGACAUUCAUAUAAAUGAAGUUAUGGUUAAUGAAAAUUUCGCUGCACAGGUCUGUGAUCCAAUGGACGUAAACUUUACAUCUGGUUUAUGUAAGAGACAGCUUUGCACAAUUUUGGAUAAUGAAAAUAAGAAACAUUCUGAAGACAUAUUUCAAGAAGAAGAAGGAUUUUAUCGUCAUUUGUGUGAAGCAGCCGGAAAUGAUAACUUUAGAAUUAUGAAGAUUUUGCUGAUAGAAAACUAUAAAAUUCACCUAAUUGAAGUUCACAAUGAACUUUAUGUAACCGGUGGAGACAUCGCUUCCUUGUUUCAUGAAUCGGAAGAUUUAGAAAAAAUGCUUUCUAAAAAACAAACAUUUAUACCUCAUAUUGUUCUAGAAAAAUAUGGCUACGAGAGAUUGUUUAUUGAAUUAAACAAACACAAAGUGAAAGGAAUUCAAGAAACAUCCACUCGUCUCGUAUUAUAUUCUUUUGAAAAUGUCAGUAUGAUCUUGAUUUGUCUGGAACACCCUAUUGAACAAUUAAAGUAUAACGUUCGAAUGGAAAUAAAACUAUAUUAUGAAAAUAUUAAUUCAAGAUUCGACUUCGAGCUUCUCAUUGUUUUUUAUAGUAUAAAAAGACAAGAACUUAUCCAAAAAUUCCUAGAAGGUAAAAUAAUUGCCGAUGAUGUCGAUGAAAUGGAACGUGUUCGUUCUAUACUUGAGUCACUCAUAUUUAAGAAAUAUGUGAAACAUUGGAUAAAAUAAAACGAAUUCGAAAUUAUACAAUGUAUGAAUUCAAAUUGGAAUAUGAUUUUCAGUGAUGUAAACAAUACUCAUAUCCAAGAAAAAUUUAUUUUGCUUUGUUUCUAAUAAUUCUUUAGAAUUUAAUGUGAUUUGUUCAAAAUUUUUUUAUUUGUGUAAAUAAGAUACUUUAGCAUGGAAUUUACCAAAGUAAUAUAUUUAUAAAGAUACUGUACAUAUUUAAUU